GAGAGGCGAGGAGCCCCGGAGAAGGCACCGCACCCGCCCGUUGCUUUUGCAUGCUGCGUGUCCGCGCCGAGGACACUUGUCUUCUCCCCAUAAACACACCAGCAAGCAACCACAUGGAAAGCACGGAGGGGGAGGAGCAGCAGCAGCGAGUCUAGAGCGAGAAGCAGAGUGCCCUGGAAGCCUCCCCCACCCCAUUCCCCCCUUUCUUCUCCCCACCCUUCUUAGUCCCGUCGCGCGAGGAGGGGCGCCGCCGCCUGAGCGAGCAUCCCCGCCCGGCCGCCGAAUCGACCGCGAGAGACAACUUGCUAGUGCCUGUGCUCCUCAAGAGCAAGCCAUGGACAACUGCGCCGACCAGAGCCUUGGACAGAGGAGCAUUGGAUUCUUCAGGGUGCCUGGUCUCUUUGUGAGGCUAAGCAGCAAAGGCCUGAAUGCAGUGGACCCUGAUUCAGUCUGGAGCCCAACCUCUCCUCUGGAUUUCAAGAACCUGCCGUCAUCAAACACCGUGGGCACCAAUCUCAAGCCCACUGGAUUGCUAGGCAUCGAGGCUGAUCUUCUGAAGCUCAGAACCGGCUCCCCGAGAGUCGGUCUUGGCCUUGUCGAUGCCCUCACCGCCGAUGAGGGCUCGUUGCACUUUGGAGGCAAGAACUCCUUUCUUGAAUCCAUCAAGCCAUUUCUUGAGCUUGGGCUGCCAAAGGCGGCUGCCGAUGCAUCCUCGUGUCAGAAGACCGGUUCGGCUGGCCUUGGCGCCGCCAUGAAGGAGAACACAGGCUUUGUUCAUUGUGACUGUGAAGAUGAAGAGUACACCUGCGUGAUCGAGCACGGCCCGAACCCGAGGACGACGCACAUCCUGAAAGGCCACACGGUGGAGGUGCCCAACGGCGUCCGUUCCAAGAGGCCGAUUUUCACCAUCGAGCCCAUCGAGGAGCAGUCAUGGCCGUCGAUGCCGGCUGCUGGCGCCGCUUCUGGUUCGUGCUCCCACUGCAGGAAGCGGCUGCGAGAGGACAUGGACACCUUCAUGUAUCUGGGCGAGGCGUUCUGCAGCAACGAGUGCAGGAAGUGCUGCAUCGAGGAGGAGAUCGAUGAGGUGGUGGUGGAGCUCAUGAUGCUGGAUUCCGGCGGCUCCUCUGCUGGUCUGCAUUGGUGAAGAUUGCUUGCUUGCUAGUAGUGGUGGCGAGGAGGCGUUGCCCACAAAGCGUCUGUUCUUUCUUUAUUUUGGUUUGAAACUUGGUAGGACUCAGCAGCAGGGAAGGGAGGGAGAAAAACGCUUCUCAUUCUGGUUUUUGUAUGAAUGGAGGAGAGGUUUUGAGUUAUCCAGUGUCUGCCAUAGCGCAAUGGCUGGACCAUUUUCAUGGGUAUUGGGAGUAUUCCUUUUUGGCGUAAGACUGGUAGAAAUACUCAGAUAUCGAUGUGCCAUAAAUAUAUUAAUCAAUCAAUUAUAUUACCUUCUUA